CAAAGGUAAUUCCAACCAAAAGAAAAAGAAGAGAAAGAUGAGUUCACGAGAGAUAUCCAUGGAUACAAUUAUGGAAGAUGAAGAUUCCUUUGUUUCUAAUACAAAUGCGAUCAUCUACGCUGCUUCAGAUAUCUCAGGCUGGACUCACAGUUUGUUCUCAGAUAACAAUAUUCCUAAUUCAUCCUCUUCUACCAGUGUAGACGAACACCAUCAGCAGAUUUCAACUGCUGCCGGUGGCGGUGGUAAAGAGGAUGAUUCGAUGACUGUAUCAUCAAGUGCAUCUUCCAGCUGGUUUAAUAAUAAUAAGCAAAUUGAUGAUCACCAAGAGAUUAGGAUAUUUAACGUUGAUUUCAGGUCACUUUGCAACAACACUUGCAGUGGAUUUGAAUCUCGUGGUGGUUUAUUGCCGGAUACUGGUCGGACAGUGAACGGAGACGCUAGUGUUUUGCUUGUCAAUAUCAUAGUAGCUUGUGCCAAGGCAGACAAAAAGAACUACUCAUGUCUAGCGGACAGAUUAAUUCGUAACAUAGUUUUGCUUGUCAAUAUCAUAGUAGCUUGUGCCAAGGCAGACAAAAAGAACUACUCAUGUCUAGCGGACAGAUUAAUUCGUAACAUAAUAAGGAGAUUUGAAGUUGCACAAUUUGGAGGAGCAAUGAAGAAAGUGGCGACACAUUUUGCAGAUGCUUUCGAUAAUAAGAUUCACAGAUUGAUUCCACAAGAUAUUGUUGGAUUAUCCUAUAACCAUACGAGUUUCUACGGGAACUGCCUCUUCCUCAAAUUCGCCCACUUCACUGCCAAUCAAUCAAUUUUGGAGGCCUUUGCCAAUUUCAAUAGAGUACAUGUCAUUGAUUUCAGCUUCAAUCAAGGUUUGCAAUGGCAGGCACUUUUGCAGGCUCUUGCUUUGCGUCCUGGCGGUCCACCAGCUUUUCGGCUCUCAGGAAUUAGUGUCCAACCUAUGUCUGAUGAUGGUAGCGAUCCAUUACAGGAAGUUGGUUUUAAGCUCGCCCAAUUUGCAGAGUCAAUUGGUGUCGAAUUUGAAUUCUGUGGAUUUAUGGCCUAUGCUUUAGCUGAUCUUGAAGCAUCGAUGUUGAACAUUAGACCUAGUAAUGAGGAAGCAGUGGCUGUGAACUCUGUUUUCGAGCUUCAACCUCUGUUUUCCAUUCCAGGGGCAAUUGAGAAAGUGAUGGAUUUAAUAAAACAGAUAGAGCCCAAGAUUGUGACCAUCACCGAACAAGAAGUGAAUCACAAUGGGAGAGUCUUUAGUAGCAGGAUUAUUGAAGCAUCGCGUUACUAUUCAACAAUGUUUGAUUUUCUGGAGAAUUUAGAAUCAAUUAGUCCCAACAAUUUAGACACGGUCAUGGAAAAGCAGUGCCUAGAUGUAAUGGUGUCAGAGAUCUAUAAUUUGGUGGCUUGUGAAGGGACUAAGCGAAUUGUGAGAAGUGGGACUCUGGGUCAAUGGCUAGUGAGGAUCUACUCUGCAGGGUUCAACCUGGUUCCCCUGACUUCAAAUACUUACAAACAGGGAGCCAUGUUAUUGGCCUCUUUCCCAAAUGCAGAGGGAUAUAAAGUAGAAGUGAAAGAUGGGUCUCUUAUGCUGAGCUGGAAUAGUCUCCCUCUCAUAGCCAACUCCACUUGGCGGCUAUGUAGCCAAGUCUAGGGAGUCUGGUCAAUGGCUGAGGUUGCUCGGCAGCUGUCCUGGAAAAGCUUGCUGCUCUGCAACUGUCCUGCAUCAUCCAGUACGUAGUUUUAUAUGUCAACUGACUCAGAGCGCACUGGUGUUACUCUUCUUUUACUAUUUACAUGUAUCGUCUCAGAUGUGUCUGACAGUACAAAUUGAUAACAUUUGUAAGAUGGUUCUUUUCUUUGACCUCACUGAUAUUAAGAGGAUCUCUGCAGUAGCCAUCAACUUAGAUAACGCCAAGGACACAGUCUUUUGGAAACAGUUGUCUCUACCUCCACGUGAUAGGAAUGUUUGAGUACAUUCUACCCUCCCCAAACCCUGCUUAUGGGACUACACUAGAUUUGUUGUUAUUGUUGAGGGUAGUACCUUGAUGUUCCUCGUUUUUAUGUUAUCAGAACUUGUUAUUGUCUGUGAUGCAAUGCUAUUUUCUCUAUUUAA